AUGGCUACUAAACGGUCCUGGCAAGAUGCGAAUCCAAUCCCUUCUCCCCAUAGCAUUCACGGCAACGUGGCCACUGGAUCUUCUACAUCGCCUCAUUCGUUCAAUUCGCCUACACAAUUAGCUUCGCCCAAAAAGGCCCGUAUAAGUGAAGAUAUCAAGGUGCUACCUCCCAAUCAGCGAAGCGCCAGCCAGAGCAAUGGCCCGCAAGCGCAGGCCGACAACAGCAAGAUACCAGGCAUCUCACGUAAAGUGAAAGCUUGCGCAGCGUGCCGGAAACAAAAGAUCAAGUGUAUCAUGCAGGGCGACCCACCUUGCCAGAGAUGUAAAGAGCGCGGACUUUCUUGUCGACUGAACAAGAGCUUACAGACGCUGAUGUCGGAGGAUAGCAGAUGGAAAUCCUCUGUCACCAAGGAUGUUACCUCUCUGUAUGGCUCAGUUGAGCAAAUCCUGCAGUUGCUCAAUCUUCCUCCUCUUCCACAGCUUCAAACGUCAACACAAGACCCAGCCAUCUUCUUCGAUCAAGACGAUCCUGUUAAAGACGAAGACGAAGACGACUCUUUCGAUAAUUCACCAAAGGUCACUCCAGUUACCGACAAUCUGUCCCAUGUACCCAUUGAAUCCCUCUAUCAGAUCACCGGUAUGCGUUCUCUACGCGCUGCUGAAGGGAUUACUGAGGAUCAAUCUCGAAUCUGCAAGCAAUUGCGGGAUACAGACUUCAUCUCACGUGGUGUCAUCAAGCUUGAGGACGCUGAGCCCUUAGCAGCGUACUACUUGAACAAGCUUGAUCCAUAUAUUUGGCACAUCUGUCCGGCCUAUAAAGAUCUAGAGUCUUUCCGCAGCCGUUCACCCACAUUGACUGCUGCAAUUCUGACUGUAGCUGCACUACAUGACACAGAGCACUGCCAUUUAUACUCGAUCUGCGCGAAGGAGUAUCGGCGACUCGUCGCCAACGCCAUGUUUGAGCGCAAAAUCGACAUGGAGUAUCUACGCGCGCUCGUCAUUGGCUCGUACUGGCUGAGCGACAUUUCCUGGACCUUAUCAGGCUAUGCUAUUCGUCGCGCCAGCGAGUUUCACCUCAAACAAUUUUACCUCCAGAUCGCCGAGUCUGUUCGAUCACCGGACAAGGCUGACCCAUCCAAGUUGCACGAAGCCAUGGACGGAAUUCGGGUUCUGUAUUUCCUGUACAUCUGUGAUCACCACCUGUCUAUCUUGUACGGCAGGUCGUCUGUGAUGCGCGACAACGAGAUCUACAUCACAGGCUGGGAAGCCUACCUAGCCUGCUCUCUAUCGACAGAUUCAGACCGGAGAGUUGCUGGCCAAAUCUGCCUAAUGUAUUUGAUGAAUCAGAUCCGAGAAAGCCUCGGUCCAGAGGACACAUCAUCAGUCUUACCAGCAUCUGCAUUACCCAAAAUCAAUGGGUUCGAAAGAGAUCUUGAUGACUGGAUUGCGAGAUUCUCUAGACACAAUCCAAGCCAAUUGAUAGGCAACUGGCCUAACAAAGGCGCCAUCAUGCAUUAUCAUUGGGCUAAGUUAUACCUACAGUCGUAUGUGUUGAGGGGACUGCCAGAGCAAGGUGCCGUUAUUCCAGAGCAUUUUCUGGAGAAUGCAUCAGCAGCAGUUCAAGCAGCGAUUGCCAUCAUUAACCUUCUACUAGAAGACAAAGAUGCGCAAACAGCAAUUGCAUAUGUGCCCCACCACAUCCAUGGCAUGGUUGCAUUCGCUGCCAUGUUCCUCCUCAGGAUUGCAACCAAGCAUAGCGAGCAGCUGUUCGUGGAUCAGAGUCGAUAUCAGCGGUUGAUUGGAGCCCUAGCUCAACAUUUCAAGACAGUUGAUGUUGGGAAAGAUCACCUCAUUCACAGGAUGGCUGAGGGCCUAGAGAAGAUGUCGGAAAGCUUAGGUGGGCCCGUCCGACGAAGUCGCAAGAGCACCAGCAAGAGCUUGGACCUUAGUCGAUCGCAAAGACCACCACUCAACACGAUGAACAGCCACGUGACGAAUGGCUCCAGUGACAUACCGGACUAUGGAACAUUGGACCCCAAUGCUUUUGAUUUCGGCGAUCCUACCAUGAAUCUCGGAAUGCCUUUUUUCGACUUCGAGGGCACGACGUUGAACGGUGCUGGGAACAGCAUGUGGAGCUUCAAUUGA